CCCCUCAGUUAGAGUCCGCCUUUCGCGGUGAUCACUGCUCGAACACUCGAUCAUGACGCGAUCUUCGCCAGCUUGGUGUGCUGGCCAGGCCUGGCUCGUCUGGCUUUUGGCAUGCAUCUGGAUACGCACGUGUCUCGCGCAGUUUGCAGUCUCCACGUCCUCCGCCGGAGGAGCUGUUGCCUCCGCCGGUGGCGUCACUGUGGUGGCCCAGCUGCCCGGUUUCGGAGUAAUCAAUGGACUGAUCAACGCCAUGCACAACAAUAACCGCUUCAACCAGCAGCCGCAGUUCGAGAGACUACAGCAGGGAAGGCCGGGAAUGGGUCCGAAUCGGAGAGGAAUGCACAGACCAGGAUUUGCGCCACCCAACCGUCAGCAGCCGACGCCUCCUGGAUGGCCACCCGGCUGGCAGUGGGGAGCCGGUGGAAAUCAGAAUCAACCCGGAUUUGGCUGGGAUCAACCAGGAUUUGCACCAGACUGGAAUGGUGGUGGAGGGCAAGGACCAGGGUGGAAUGGUGGGGGAGGACCAGGUCCAGGAUGGAACGGAGGCGGUGGAAGAGGACCUCCGCCAAGACCAGGCUUUAACGGAGGCGGACCACCGCCGCCUAGACCAGGAUGGAACGGCGGCGGACCACCACCACCGAUGCCAGGCUGGAAUGGAGGAGGACCGCCGCCACCAAGGCCAGGAUGGAAUGGCGGAGGACCACCGCCACCAAGGCCAGGCUGGAAUGGAGGGAUGGAUCAGGAAUGGGACAACUAUCCACGGCUCCCCGAUCAGCCGGAUCCCAAUGAUCCCAACACAAAUUGGAAUCCAGAUAAUGAGUCUAGCACCACCCCACAAACGCCAUUACCAGGACCCAUCCUUCCAACGACAACACCUAAGCCAGCAGCCACCUUUCCCACGAUCCAGCCACGUCCAACCGCUCAGCCAACGAAGGAUACGCUAAUUAUAGGCACAAAUCGACCGCCGCUGGUGCCACCCCAUAAUCCGGAUCCACCCAAGCCCACUUUUCCCACUUGGAUCGUACCAGAGCCAUUGCCAAAACCAUUGGACGAAUCCUCCGAAAAUCGUGCCAUUAUAUUCCCCAGCUCCAGCAAAUAUAUCCAUGUGCCCAACCCUGAGGUUCCCUCGGUGCCCAUUGAUGUGAGACGAAGAUGAAUCUUCUAAGUGGGAGUUCCCCGAUCC